AACGUAGUGACAUCCCAGUGCCAGUGGCCAGUAGCAAGGCAACGCGAGAUUAGGAAGGCUAAGGAAAACUAACGCAAAUGGGUGCUGGGGCUGCUAUAGCACCGGCCACUCCUCUCCGCCUUAAUCCCUACGCUGCCAUUCGUUAUCUCUCCCUCUAUACCAAACAUAAUCGUAUUCCCGACAUCGUUCCCAAUUUCUCCAAAACCAAACCCCUCGUUUUCCCGCCAUUUCAUCACGGGCCAGUCCCUCUCUCUGGCACCGGACUCGCAGUUCCUCGCCGUAGAUGCUUCUGUACUAUCGUCGCCGGAACUCUCCAGUCCGGCGAGGCAGUGGAGAGGACGAAACCGGAAUCUGCCGAAAAGUGGAGGGGCAAUAUGGCAGAGAAAAUUGGGGAGUUCAGGAAGAAACUGAGAAUUGUGGAUAUAAAGGCCGGGCCCGAUGAAGGGUUGGGUCGGGUGGGGCAGACCCUGGUCGUGAUGGGUUGGGUUCGGACUCUUCGAGUUCAAAGCAGCGUUACUUUUAUUGAGGUCAAUGAUGGUUCCUGCCUUUCAAAUAUGCAAUGCGUGAUGGAUUCGGAUGCCGAAGGAUACGAUCAGGUAGAAGCUGGUUCUAUUGCAACUGGUGCAUCAAUAUGGGUGCAAGGGAUUGUGGUGGCCAGUCAAGGCUCAAAACAAAAGGUGGAAUUGAAGGUCAAGAAAAUUAUAGUGCUUGGAAAGAGUGAUCCUUCUUAUCCGAUCCAAAAGAAAAGGGUCAGCAGAGAAUUUUUGAGGACAAAAGCUCAUCUUCGUCCAAGAACAAACACAUUUGGAGCGGUUGCAAGGGUAAGGAAUGCAUUGGCCUUUGCUACGCACAAAUUUUUCCAAGAACAUGGAUUCGUUUGGGUCUCAAGUCCAAUUGUGACAGCUUCAGAUUGUGAAGGAGUGGGUGAACAGUUCUGCGUGACUACUUUGAUACCAAACUCAGGAGAAGGUUUUGAUUCUCCCGUGGAUGCCAUUCCGAAGACCAAGGAUGGGUUAAUUGAUUGGUCACAGGACUUUUUUGGGAAGCCCGCAUUCUUGACCGUCUCAGGCCAACUCAAUGCUGAAACAUAUGCUACUGCCCUUUCUGAUGUAUAUACAUUUGGUCCAACAUUUCGAGCAGAAAACUCGAACACUUCUAGGCACUUGGCUGAAUUUUGGAUGAUUGAGCCGGAACUUGCAUUUGCUGAUCUGAAUGAUGACAUGGCCUGUGCAACUGCCUAUCUCCAGUACGUAGUAACAUAUGUCCUUGAAAAUUGCAAAGAAGACAUGGAUUUCUUCAAUACUUGGAUUGAGAAAGGAAUCAUUGAUCGAUUGAGUGAUGUGGCAGAAAGAGACUUUGUGCAGAUGACUUAUACUGAUGCGAUUGAACUUCUCUUAAAAACAAAUAAGAAGUUUGAAUUCCCGGUGAAAUGGGGAUGUGAUCUGCAGAGUGAGCAUGAACGUUACAUAACUGAAGAGGCAUUUGGUGGAUGCCCUGUUAUAAUCAGAGACUAUCCUAAGGAAAUCAAAGCAUUCUAUAUGCGGCAAAAUGAUGAUGGGAGAACUGUUGCGGCAAUGGAUAUGUUGGUUCCUCGGGUUGGUGAGCUUAUUGGUGGUAGCCAAAGAGAAGAAAGGCUUGAAUAUGUGGAAGCUCGUUUAGAUGACUUAAAGCUGAAUAAAGACAGCUACUGGUGGUAUCUUGAUUUGCGCCGUUAUGGUUCAGUUCCUCAUGCGGGAUUUGGGUUGGGCUUUGAAAGGCUUGUGCAAUUUGCUACUGGAAUAGAGAAUAUAAGAGAUGCAAUCCCUUUCCCUAGGACACCUGGUUCGGCUGAGUUUUAAUGGCAAAACUGCUUCUUUUUCUUUGUAUUUUAUGUACAUCAAUUUUUUGAACUAUGUAGAAAAUCUUAAGAUUUCCACCCCCUCUAGGCUCUAUCAACAGUUAUUUAAUGUCAUUUUUGGUAUUCUCUU